AUGACAAAAUUGCAACACGAUGUGGCCGUUGAUCCAGUAACGAUCGUGAUCAAAGAAUGCAUUACUCUUUCGACUGCAAUGCGGAAAUACUCGAAAUACACGUCGCAGACCGGUGUUGCGGCUCUGCUGACCGGAGGUAGCGAAAUUUUCAGUAACCAGGACGAUUCACUUGCCGAUACCUUUAAUAAUCUGUCUGCAAGCAAAAAUAAGGACCCCGUUCAAUCCGGACUGGUGCAACUAAGGUUGAUGCUUAACAAUUUGAGCUCACUAGAGUCAAUUGACUCGCUAACGCUCCUGCAACCAUUUUUAAUCGUAAUAAGCACGCCAACAAUUUCAGGAUACAUCACAUCCCUGGCGUUGGACUCGUUGCAAAAAUUUAUCGCGUUCAACAUCAUAUCAGAAAACUCACUCAACCAUAUUAUUGCGUAUCGUGAAGCAGUUAAUGCUUUAACGCAUUGCCGAUUCGAAGGCUCUGAACAGACCAGCGACGAUUCUGUCCUUUUGAAGGUACUCGUGUCACUCGAAGCGCUCAUGAAAUCCAAGCAUUCCGCCAUUCUUUCAGAUUCGAUAGUCUAUGAAGUUUUGCAGACGGUUAUGUCUCUGGCCUGUAACAAAAAGCGCACAGAGGUACUAAGAAAGGCCGCAGAGAUGUCAAUGAUGUCCAUCACAGUUGAAAUCUUUGCCAGACUACGUCACGUCGAAGCGACAGACUACCAAAAGUACAUCGAUGACGAAGACUUUUCCAAAAAGGUGCUAAAGGAUGAUACCAUUGGUCCUGAUGUUGGGCUCAUUCCCGAAGAUAAUGAAUCUAAAGAGGAUCUUUCAUCAACGGGCAGCUUAGAGGCGCAGGUGCAGCCUCACUUUGAGAAAGGACCUCAAUCCCUUGAAGAAAAUUAUGGUCUUCCUGUCAUCAAAGACUACUUGAGUAUUCUGAUCUCAUUAAUUAUGCCAGAAAAUCAAUACAAGCACAAUAAUUCCACCAAAGUUUUCGGUCUCAACCUUUUAAAUAUGGCCGUUGAAAUCUCUGGUGAUCUUUUCCCCCAUCAUCCACGUCUCUUCAGUCUAAUCUCAGAUCCUAUUUUCAAAAAUGUUCUGUUCAUCAUUCAAAACACUGACAAGCUUUCACUUUUACAAUCUGCGCUGCAUCUAUUUACCACUCUGGUCAUAGUGAUGGGCAGUCAUCUGCAUAAGCAGAUUGAAUUGACUUUCGAAAGCAUAUUCGACAGUCUGCGAAGCGACAAAACCACAUCUCCUAGACCACGAACUUCUGCCGCCAAAGAGCUCAUCAUUGAACAGAUUUCAAUCCUAUGGACAAGGACACCCUCUUUCUUCACUAAAUUGUUUGUCAAUUAUGAUUGCGAUCUCAACAGGUCCGAUCUUUCUACUAUGGUGUUGAACUCCCUUACGAAACUGGCACUUCCAGAGGCUGCUCUUACUACAGCAGAUAGUGUCCCUCCCAUAUGUUUAGAAGGGUUGAUCUCUUUCAUCGAUAACAUGUAUUCAAACUUAGAGGGCUCUCAGAGGGAAAUUCUGGAGGGAGGUGCUACAAUCGAUGCUCUCGAAGAGCGUGCCAAAAAGACAGAAUUCAUCAAAUGUACCGACGCUUUCAACGAAAAGCCAAAGAAAGGAAUUGCUCUUUUGAUACAGCACAAGUUCAUUAAUUCGGACUCUAAUGAGGAUGUAGCCAAAUUUUUGUUUGAUGAAAAUGGAAGGCUCAACAAGAAAGCAAUCGGCGAGCAUAUAGCGAGUCCUGACAAUCUUCCCCUUUUAAAAAAGUUCAUUGAAUUGUUUGAUUUCAAAGGGCUUCGCAUUGAUGAGGCAAUUCGUAUAAUGCUAACAAAAUUUAGACUUCCAGGUGAGUCUCAGCAGAUUGAACGCAUUGUCGAAACCUUUUCAGCUUCUUAUGUCGAGAGUCAAGAGUAUGAUCGUGCGAAGGCUGAUCAAGAUAUUGAAAACGAUUAUAGUACAGUGCAACCAGAUGCUGAUUCUGUUUUCAUUUUAAGUUUUUCGGUAAUCAUGCUGAACACCGAUCUACACAACCCGCAGGUGAAGAAGCAUAUGACCUUUGACGACUACACGUAUAACUUGAAGGGAUGUAACGAUCAAAAGGACUUUCCAAUGUGGUAUCUGGACAGAAUUUUCUGCUCAAUCAGAGAUAAAGAAAUUGUAAUGCCCGAAGAGCACCAUGGAACGGAGCGGUGGUUUGACGAUGCAUGGAAUAAUCUCGUGGCUUCGACAACGGUCAUAACACAAACAACACGCAACGUCUUGUCAAAGGAACAAGAUAUCGACAAGAGAGCAGUUUUACAGUUUGAUAAGGCAAAUUUUGAGGUUGUGGGGAGCUCGAUAGUGAACACACUGUUCAAAAUUUUUGAAGUCGCCUCUGAUGACCAUAUCAGUACUCGCAUGCUCACUAGCGUUGACAAAUGCUCGCGCAUAGCUUCGUUUUUCGGACAAAACGAGCUUUUCAAUGAAAUUUUGAAAACCAUUGCCAAAUCAACACUACUAACAAAGCAGCCCGUAAAAGCGCCGCAAAGUAUUCAAGACCUAAACGAAAUACCUGUUGUCGAGAUAAAUCUCGAAGAGUCUAAAGAGGUUGUUACCGUCAGCAGCGUGUCGGUUAGGUUCGGCAGUAGCUUUAAGAGUCAACUUUGCCAUGUGGUUCUUUUCCGCUUUUUGCAGCAAAACAACUACUACGAUUUGAUAGAUGAUGGUGUUUGGUCUCUAGUCAUUGAAAUCAUACUGAACCUAUUCGAAAAUGCACUUAUUACGCCGGAUGUCUUCCCCGAUCUCCAGAAAACUCUGAAGAUCGGUAGACUACCAAAACCCGCUCCCGAAUAUUCAAUUAAUAAGUCCAAGUUGAACAAAGGGCUUCUUUCAACUUUUGCGUCCUAUUUGAAAGGUGACGAAGAGCCCUCUGAUGAUGAGUUGAAGCUCUCUAUAAGCGCCCAAGAAUGCGUCAAAUCAAGUCGCGUCACAUCCUCCAUAUUUGGCAAUGAAAAGAACGUAAGGGGAUCACUAGUAUCGGCUUUACUGGAAGCCAUUCCAAAGAAGAUCUCCUCGGAGAACAAUAGAUAUUUCGAGGCCGAGAUCUUGUUCAUUCUGGAACUUGCAGUUGCUUCUUGCCUUUUCUGCAAAGAUAAAAUGGACAUUGGAAAAGCAGUGCUUUCUAAGCUGGCUGACGCUGCCAGUCUUGAAAACAGAAGCAAGGCUUUUAAACGGCGUGUCUCUUCUUAUAAGCUUCUUCUUGCUUCAGUUUUAGACGAGCCACGGGCUAUAACAAGUUUGAUCAACGACAAUGUGUUAGCCGAUGACGCAGUCUAUGGCCCUGACUUUUUCGCCAGUGAACAAGGUGCUGAAAUGUUACACAUGAUGCUUUCGCUAACAGAGAUUGAGAAUUACAACACCGUUUUGCUACAGGACGACGGGUUCUGGAAACUACUCCGUAUUUUUGCGGCCACCGAGGGCCAAACGUUUACGGUAUUCGAAUAUCUGGACAACUCGAUUUUGAAAAAGGAGAACACAAUCACUUCAAAUAACUUCCUUUCCAUUCUUGGUCUUCUAGAUGAGAUUUCCAGUGUUGGUGCGAUGAGUGGAGAGUGGGAGGAUCAAAACGAGAAACUUGCAGCGAGUGGACAAAAACCCGAAGCAGAAAAUCCGUAUCAAGAGGCUAUCGAGCUUUCGCUUAAAUCAAUCAAUGCGACAUCGCAUUUGCUUGAAGUAAAACGGGUAGAGCCUUACAACAAGCGAGAACUUUUGGGUAUUGUUCAAGCCUUUUCUCAUCAAUGCUACAAUCCUUGUUUUCAGUUGAGGACCUAUGCGCUGAAUGUGCUUGAAAAGACACUAUUGAAGCAUUCGAGCUUGUUCGUGGAAACGACAUCAGUUGCGGAAGUAUUUGAAAGCGGACUUUUGAGCAUUAUGGAAGGUGAUAAAAAACGGGCUAACGUGCCAGACACUAUGGCUUUGUUCUCAAAAGUUUACACCAAUUACUUGGUGGAAGGAAAUGGGGAUAAUGAGACCUUCUUGAAGUUGCUCAAUAUUUUUAACAGAUUUGUUGACGAUUCCUCUGUGGAAAGGACGUUGCAAGAUCUUAUCACUGAGAAAAAGGCGUUCGACAAGAAACAGAGCACUGGUAAGGACGACGUCAAUGAGAUACAACCAGUCGAAGCCCCUUCUAACGGGGACACUAUAACUACCUAA